AUGGAAAUGGACCGUUUGGGUCUUGUAGGUCAGGACCCCAAGAAAAGGAAAUGGGCCUUUUGGGUCUUGUGGCAUGCUGCAGCUUCUUGGACAUGGGAUGUGCAAGACGAAACAUGUGGGAUUUGUAGGAUGGCCUUUGAUGGUUGCUGUCCUGAUUGCAAAUUCCCAGGCAAUGACUGCCCACUAAUUUGGGGUGCAUGUAACCACAUGUUCCAUCUUUGCUCCAUCUUGAAGUGGAUCAACUCACAGACUCCUCAAGCACAUUGCCCCAUGUUCUGUAGAGAAUGGCAGUUUAAAGGAUGAUUGCUGAACUGCAGAAAUUCCUGGUUUUUUUUUUCUUCUUUUCCUAUGCAGUUCGCUCACAGAAGCUGAUGAAUCCGAUGUUUCGUACUGCUGAUGAAAAAUGAGAUGCUAGCUAGGCAUGCGAGGUAAACCAUUUUCUAAGUUCUUUUGUGAUAUCAAGCAACUUGUUUUUACUUUUUCCUAGAAGUAUCACAACUCAAUCACUUUAUUUUCCAUCAAUGGCCAAAAUGUCAAGUAAAAUCAUUUUCAUGCAUUUCUCUGUAGUCUGUUAGUUGAUCUUUACAAGUUAGGAUUGUGUGAAAGACUUACUUGUAGCAGGAAGAUUGAGGUACUUAAUACAUGUACAUGCCAAGUUCAUUGAUUUUGGUCAUGGUACCUGAUAUGAAUACAGACAUGUAAACAGUACAUGGAGCGAAUAUAUAAAUAUGGUAAUUCCAUCAGAUACUUGAUACCAGAAGAAAUUUGCUGAGUUUAAAAGGUUAACAACCUAAUGGAUUAUGGAUGCUGUUAAACCAUAUGUGCAAAACGAUUCAGUAUUUGAUGCCAGUAUCAGCGCUGACAUGGGAAUCCAAACAUGCACAAGUAUUUCAGUAUCCUAG